AUGCUUCUGGCGCGGAUGAACCCGCAGGUGCAGCCCGAGAGCAGCGAGGCAGAUGCGGGGCCCAAGCAGCCCCUGCAGGCGCGCAAAGCCUUGGAGCUGGUGGUGGUGAAGGAGCGCAACGGCGUCCAAUGCGUCCUGGCGCCCCUCGGGGGCGAUGCGCAGCCCAGGGAGACCUGGGGCAAGAAGAUCGACUUCCUGCUGUCGGUGAUCGGCUUCGCGGUAGACCUAGCCAAUGUGUGGCGCUUCCCCUACCUCUGCUACAAGAACGGUGGAGGUGCCUUCCUGAUCCCGUACACCCUGUUCCUCAUCAUUGCCGGCAUGCCCCUCUUCUACAUGGAGCUGGCCCUGGGCCAGUACAACCGGGAAGGGGCAGCCACAGUGUGGAAGAUCUGCCCACUCUUCAAAGGAGUCGGCUAUGCUGUGAUCCUCAUUGCCCUCUACGUUGGCUUCUACUACAACGUCAUCAUCGCCUGGUCACUCUACUACCUCUUCUCCUCCUUCACCUUGCACCUGCCCUGGACGGACUGUGGCCACGCCUGGAACAGCGCCAACUGCACCGACCCCAAGCUCCUCAAUGGCUCCGUGCUGGGGAACCACACCAAGUACUCCAAGUACAAGUUCACACCAGCAGCAGAGUUCUACGAGCGUGGCGUCCUGCACCUGCAUGAGAGUGACGGGCUCCACAACAUCGGCCCGCCACAGUGGCAGCUCCUGAUCUGCCUCCUGGUCGUCGUCGUCGUCCUGUUUUUCAGCCUCUGGAAAGGAGUGAAGACAUCAGGAAAGGUGGUGUGGAUAACGGCCACGCUGCCUUACCUCGUGCUGUUUGUGCUGCUGGUCCACGGUGUCACGCUGCCGGGAGCCUCCAACGGCAUCAACGCCUACCUGCACAUCGACUUCUACCGCCUAAAAGAAGCCACGGUGUGGAUCGAUGCGGCAACACAGAUAUUCUUCUCUUUGGGGGCUGGAUUUGGAGUCUUGAUCGCAUUUGCCAGUUACAACAAAUUCGACAACAACUGUUACCGGGAUGCCCUUCUGACCAGCACCAUCAACUGCAUCACCAGCUUCAUCUCUGGGUUCGCCAUCUUUUCGAUCCUGGGGUACAUGGCCCAUGAGCACAAGGUCAACAUCGAGGAUGUCGCCACUGAAGGACCUGGCCUCGUCUUCAUCCUGUACCCUGAAGCCAUCUCCACCCUGUCGGGAUCCACGUUCUGGGCCGUCGUGUUCUUCAUCAUGCUCCUAGCCCUGGGCAUCGACAGCUCGAUGGGGGGCAUGGAGGCAGUCAUCACGGGCCUGGCCGACGACUUCCAGGUCCUGAAGCGGCACCGGAAGCUCUUCACGUUUGGGGUCUCUUUUGGCACCUUCCUCUUGGCCCUGUUUUGCAUCACCAAGGGGGGGAUCUACGUGCUGACCCUGCUGGACACCUUCGCGGCGGGAACCUCCAUCCUGUUUGCUGUGCUCAUGGAAGCCAUCGGGGUCUCUUGGUUCUAUGGUGUGGACAGGUUCAGCAACGACAUCCAGCAGAUGAUGGGGUUUAAGCCAGGCCUCUACUGGAGACUCUGCUGGAAGUUUGUCAGUCCUGCCUUCCUCCUGUUUGUAGUGGUGGUCAGCGUCAUCAACUUCAAACCACUCACCUACGAUGACUACGUCUUCCCACACUGGGCGAACUGGGUCGGCUGGGCCAUCGCCCUCUCCUCCAUGGUCUUGGUGCCUGUCUACAUCAUCUACAAGUUCCUCAGCACUCGGGGCUCCCUCCGGGAGAGACUGGCCUAUGGCAUCACUCCGGAGAACGAGCACCACCUGGUGGCCCAAAAGAACAUCAGACAGUUCCAGUUGCAACACUGGUUGGCCAUCUGAGCCCAGUCCUGAGGAGGAACCCCCCUGCCAAGGUCCCAGGCAAGGCGUCGGCUUCGCCAGCACUUGGACAUCGUCUUGGGAUUCCUCUGCCGGAAAAUGUUCCUCCCCGCCCCACUCCUCCUCCCUUUUCAGUUACCAAUGAUUCCGUGACUGGUUCUGUUCCCCUUCUGUCGUCUGGCCUGGGGGCUUUGAGCUCGGAGAGGUAGGCUCCAGGGAGAGCAGGCGAGGAGGGACCGAGGGCAGUGGGUUCUGUGGAACCUCCUUAGUUUGGGGGAGAGUCUCAGCCACUUGGAGCAUGCCCAGAUCUCGUCAGCGGCGGGACGUCUGUCCUCUGAGACUCGGGCAGAACUCUCCACCACAUUUGCUUGUGCUUUGAGCCAGAAAGGAACUUCUCAGGCCACCAGUUCAGAAAGAGGAAGAUACUUUUCAUUGGACACCCUGAAAUAAAAACUCAGAUGGACCAACCCCAAGCCCAGCCGUGUUUGGGGCAGGGGCUGCAACUCCUCUUUCUCUUGCCACUACCCCUGCCCCCCACCUCUCUACCCCCCAUAUUAGUUCUGUGGUGUCCGUGCCUGACCAGGAGCCUGGAUUUGUUUGCUGUUAGAUGCUUUGGGGUUUGUGAACAGAACGUGUCCGGUCAGUUUCCAGCUGGACUAAAGCUUAGUUGGAUUGGUGUGAGUCCCAGGCCGUUCUGCAGACUGUGCAAGCUGGUGGUCUGGCAGUUGGGACCCGAGGUGCUGCAGGGGAGCCACAGAACACACACGGAGGCCCCUACACCAGACCACCUGGGUUGAGAGGGGGCAGUCUCGG